AUGACAGCAGACGAAACCAUCAUACCAGUAGGAGGCAGUGUGACACUGACCUGCUCUGUGGAUUCCUCUGCUGAUUGGAAAUACUACUGGUUUAGAGAGUAUUCUGCUCUUCAGUCCAUAACAAAUGUUAAACCAGUUAACAAGGUCUCAGAAGGAGGCAUCUAUCACUGCAGAGCAGGAAGAGGAGACCCAGAGAUCUUCACAGAGUUCAGCAGAGCAGUCACUGUUAGGAAAACUGUCCCAAAUAAGGCUGCUGUUGUGACUCUGCAACCCAACUGGACUGAGAUAUACAGCGGAGAGACGAUCAUGCUGAGAUGUGAGAUCCAUGAUGGAGACACAGAGUGGGAGUAUGAAUGGAAGAGUCCUCGUUACACAUCUCCAAAUAACAGUGAAUACAUGAUUAGCGACGCUUCUUCAUACCACAGUGGAAACUACAGGUGUAGAGGCAGAAAGAAAAAUGCAGAACGUAUUUCAACAGAGUGGAGUGCUGACAUCAAAUUGACAGUAUCUGAUAAUCCACCAGCAGCUGUCCUCACUGUGUCUCCAUCAUGGCUGAGUCCUGGAGACUCAGUAACUCUGAGCUGUGAGGUUGAACAUCCAUCUGCAGGAUGGAGGUUUUACUGGUAUAAGACUGUUCCCAAACUAUCAUACUACUCCUACAUCUAUGAGCUGCUACCUGGUAGCAUCAAUGGGACUGAACAGGAUUCCUACAUCAUUCAUGGACCGACACACACAGCAGGAUAUAUGUGUAGAGCUGGAAGAGGAGACCCAGUGUAUUACACUCAAUACAGCAAACCUGGGUUUGUUUGGUCUGGAGAUGUUCAUUCAGCAGUGACUCUCAAAGUGAGUCCUGACAGAGUGCAGCACUUCACCUCUGACUCUGUCUCACUGAGCUGUGAAGGAAACUUUACUGAGUGGAGAGUGAGGAGGUUUCCUGAGGACCGCUACACGUCAGACUGUUAUAACUGGAGGUCCAUGACUGGAUCCACAUGCAACAUCUACAGUUCACAGCAGAGUGAUGCAGUGUACUGGUGUGAGUCUGGAUCAGGAGAGUUCAGCAAUGCAGUCAACAUCACUAUACAGAAAGCAGAUAUUAUCCUGGUGAGCCCUGUGCAUCCUGUGACUGAGGGACAGUCUGUUACUCUUGGCUGCAAACUGAAGAGAGAAGAAUUACUUUCCGUGUCUUUCUAUCAAAAUGACAAACUUAUCCAAAGUGAUACCAGAAGAGAGCUGAAUAUCUCUGCAGUGUCAAAGUCAGACGAAGGUUUCUACAAGUGUAAAUACUCAGGAGAAGAAUCAGCACAGAGUUGGAUGUCAGUUCACGACGAUCCAAAGAUUCUCACUCUGUCAGGUUGGCCAAUCCAGUCUGAGAGCACCAAUCAGGACUCUGCCACACAUCACAUGGUCAACCUGAAUGAAACUCAAGAUCACAUCUACAAUUCUCUUCUCCAUGGUGAUGUUUGUGUCUAUGAAUCAAUCAGAGGAUCUGAAGACCCUGAAAACGAUGAUUAUGUCAACUCUGGAGCACAAAGUCAGAAUUCGAAUUCUGAGAUGGACCAAUCGGCAACGGUGAUGAAAGACUUCUAUGUGAGACCUGAGUGA